AUGGUGGCAUCAACACCAUGCGACUACUCAGAAAGAGGCUCAGCUGCUCUCGAUAGGCUCGUCCGGAAGGUCGGGGAGUUGGAGGAGACAGCCGAGCGGUGGCGGAAACAACGAGAGGCUGAGGAGGACAUAGCGAAAGAGUUGGCCACGCUCAACACUAUGCCUUCGAGUGGAUUCCACAUGGGGAGGUUGUGGGGCGUUGGCCCUCGUUCUACCGGUUGCUUUGAUGAUCUCGAUGAAUCUGAUUCGGAUGAUUAUAAAAGCUCCUCUGCCGAUUCUGGAGAAGAUGAGGCUUUCUAUUUUGGACUGGAUAGUAGUGGUAGUGAUGUAGAGGAGGAGUACGACCGGUCUCUCGGCCUUCCUUGGUACCAAAGCAGGCCUCGGUCGAAGCGCACGUAUUUUGAUCUCUUUGGAUUAGACGACGACGAGGAGGAAGAGGGGCUGGGGAGGAAGGCAUCUGUAGAUGGUGUCACUUCUACUGUUCCGGCAGUUGCGGCUCCCCAGGUGUGCAGCACGGUGGUGGGGGAUGAAGAUGAUUUGGUGGAUUUAUGGUAUUCGACCGACUACUCACUUGAGGCGGAAGGUGGGCCUUGGUACCGGGACUCGACCGUUCUUAGUAAGCUCAGAGGCAAUAUUGAAAAUUGGAGUGUAUGGGAUAAGAAAGUUCAACUACAACGGCUGAGGGCGAUAGACGAGGCCGGUAGGGUAAGGCAUAGUAUGGCGGCUAGGAGGAGGGAGGAAGAGGAGGAGGAGAGUGUGGCUGAGGAGAAGCGCUUGAGGGUAAUUGAAGAGAAAAAGAGGGUGGAGGCGGAGAAAAGGAAGGUGGAUGAUGAGAAGACUGUCGUAGAGCCCUCGCCACAAUCGCCUAAGAAAUUGGCUGCACCCGCACCAGUGUUGCCGAACACUCCGGAUUUCGCGCGCCACGAAAUCACCGAAAAACCAGUGGCUGUACCUAUACACCCUGUAGCUGAGGAGAAGGCGGCAGAGACUUUACAAACUGCUGGGCUGAGGGCUCUGGAGAAUUUCGUUGAGUCGUGGAGUAGAAAAACGGAGCUGGCGAAGAAGUAUCGGGCGCCGUGGAAAGAAAUAUGUAUUUCUGCGCAGCAAGUGUCUUCCUCACGUAAAAGUGUCAUUUCCACGGCUGAUAAGGUCGCCCGAGCGCUCCUCCGAAAUAGAGAUACGGAGGAGACUGUGAGAUUCUUGGCUUGUGCAUCUGCGGAAAAGUUGAUUUCUUGUUCGGUGAAUAACAGUUUGGAUUUCGUCUGGACUACAGCAUAUCAUGUUCGCUUGGUGGCGGAGAAAUUGAAGGAUGACGAUGUUGUGAAGGAGUGGUAUCUGCAUGCUCUUGUCGGAUGUCUCAAUUUCAAAUGCCCUUGGGUGUCGUGGAUCGAUACGGAGAAGGCUCGGAAGGCAGGAGUUAAACACGUGGAUAGCAGCGAUUGGUAUAAGGAGCAGGAGAAAUACGAUGCUGUUUUCGACAUGGGAACUUAUCUAGUUGGUAUGAACUUGAUAAGAAUAGUGAAGACGUUUGUCAACCUCUGGCUGGCCCUAUGUUUGGUCUUACAGGAUAUCACAUGUGUGUGGCAGUGGAUUGCAGCUCUCGUCAAUGACGCUCAGGGACGAGACCCCGCUUUACCAAUGUUGGUUAACUGCUACCUACGAGUGUGUCGGUAUGAUCUCAAACGCUGGCUUGGACAAACCAAUCAGAGUUCGAAAUUGGAUCGGCUCUUUUCUGGCCCUAUAAGGGAUCGAAUAAGGGAGAUUCGAUCGCUGUACCGGGCAUCUGCUGUGGUUGAGCACUACGGCCUUCUCUGCGAGACUGCACUAGACGACUCAAAUAUCCGACCACCGGAUGGGAUGGAAAUAACAGCGGCUGAGGAGUCGGAGCUCAACUCAAACGUGUGA